UAUAAAAUGGGAUGUCAAUAACUGGGUAGUUUCUAUCUGAAAACAUUUAUGUUUAGUAGUUUGUCGCAUAAGGAAGCAUGAAAGACGUAUUUCUUUCAAAAUUGUGAUAUGGAAAUAAGUUACUAAACCGGAGAAUCUGUUUGUUUCGCUUUUCAAGAUGACUGAGUUGAACAAAAACACAUGUCUUUUGCAAUACAAAAACUGUUAAAAUAAAACAACAAUGGGAGAUUUUGAAUCACAGAAAAAAAAGGUUCGUGACUUCAAGCAAGGCAUAAAUGAAACUUUGGGCAUUUACGAACGUCUUGCUGUGGAUUUCAAAGACUUUGAGCGGAAUAUUGCUCCGUUUUCUGACCCGGAUUACGACGAAAGGUUGCGACAAGAACUUGACAGUAUAAUACCACUUCUAAAUGAUCAGAAGAAAAUCAUCACAGAAAUGGAAAACCUUAUCCUCAGUGCCGAAAAGAAGAUAGCCGACACAAUAAUAGUGGAACUGCGACCAAAGCAAGGAUCACUUGGUGCUCGUCAAAGAAUGCCCUUAGUAAAUGAUUUAAGCCAAGACAGUGCCAUCUUUUCAGCCGAUUCCACAAUUCUUCGAAGAGAGUCUGCUGGUAUUCAUCCGUCCGAUGAAAGCAGUCCUACUUCUUCAUCUCUAGCCGAUGAACCUAUGGUAAAUGAACUCAGAAACUCGAGUUCCGACGAGGAUUACAACGCCAACCACUAGUGGCAGACUAUAUACAUACAUGUGUCAAAACCCCUAGACCAAACACGAACACUUUAACUUAAAAGUAAAGAGCUGUUCUUUUCUUAAGAUAAAUACAUUUAUAUAAUGAUC